AAUGUAUUUAAGCGGCAGGCAGCCUGAGAAGGAGGGAGAGCGGGUGCUUUUAGAAAGAGCUGGCUGAGCCCUCCUUUUCUAGCCAGAGCGGCACUUGCGGCUGGAAAAGUUCUCCCUGGAAAUCCCACUUCCUUUUUUUUUUCAAGGCUGACCCCGGGGGUCCUCGAACUCUGCCGGCAGACAAAGAGAUCAUGUUUCAGGCACAUUUGGAACGGGGCCACGCCAAACCCCUCCCAGUGGUGAUCAUAGGAAAUGGUCCUUCAGGGAUCUGCUUAUCCUACCUCCUGUCUGGCCAUGUUCCCUAUGUCAGAAGAAGCUCCGUUCAUCCAAAUCCCAUUUUGCAAAGGAAAUUGGAAGAGAUGCCUGAGGUUUCCAUCUUGGAUCAGGAUCUUGAGUACCUCUCUGAAGGUCUGGAAGGCCGAUCCUCCAGCCCAGCUGCUCUGCUUUUUGAUGCUCUGCUGCGCCCAGACACAGAUUUUGGGGGGACGACGGAUUCCGUCCUGUCUUGGUGGCACCAACCCGAAAGAGCCAUUCCUCACCUGGUUCUUGGCAAAAAUCUUCCUGGAGGAGCCUGGCAUUCUAUUGAAGGAUCCAUGUUCACACUGAGCCAGGGAGACUGGAUGGGCCUUCCUGAUGUCCAGUUCAAAGACUGGCUGAGUAAAAAGAAAAGAGGCUUCAGAAAUAACAGAGCAACGGCUGGAGACAUAGUCCAGUAUUACCAAUACUAUGUGGCUAAGAAAGGGUUAAAGAAGAACUUCCUCUGUGGCACUCUUGUGACAUCUGUGAAGAAGUUGAGCAUAGACUCAAAGGCCUGCUACGGUGACCGAGAUUCAAGGGACAGCAGCUCUCAGUGGAAUUUUUCAGAGAAGUCAAAAGCCCACCACCAAGUGGACAGUGGGAGUCUCUUCCAGGUUGAUGGCUUGGUCACGACCAUCAAUGGCACGCAGCCCUUUUCGGUGUAUGCAGAAAAUGUGGUCUUAGCCACCGGGACUUACGAUAGCCCGUCAUGGCUGAGGGUCCAAGGGGAACACCUCCCUUUUGUCCAUCACACGCUCUCUGCCCUUGAAGAAGCUGUGAAGGACAAGGAGAUUGGCGUGAUGUCUGACCCGAUCCUGAUUGUUGGUGCUGGGCUCACGGCAGCUGACGCCAUCCUCUUUGCUCACCAUUGCAACAUUCCGGUGAUCCAUGCCUUUCGCAGGAGGGUCAAUGAUCCAGGCCUCAUCUUCAACCAGCUCCCAAAGACGAUGUACCCUGAGUACCACAAAGUCCACCAGAUGAUGAAAGAACAGGCCAUCAGUUGCCCGGGGCCCUAUGAAUAUUAUGCCAGCCUUCCUGAGCAUCACGUGGUGUCCUUCACCGAGGACAGGAAGUGCAUCUUUCGCGAUAAGAGUGGCCACCAAAAGGUGCACAACAUUUCCAUGGCUUUUGUGCUCAUUGGCUCCAACCCCAAUCUCUCUUACCUGCCCAACAAUGGCAUGGACUUGGCCGUAGACUGUGAGCAGCCGGUCAGCUCCAAGCGGAACCCCAUGGAUGUUGAUCCCUUCACCUACGAAUCUGUUCACGAGAAGGGACUCUAUGCCAUGGGGCCACUAGCUGGGGACAAUUUUGUGCGGUUCGUCCAAGGAGGUGCUUUGGCCAUAGCUGGCUCUCUGCUGAAGAAGGCCAACAAAAACCCUCCAUAACACUUGCAAGUCUCCCCCUUUUUUGGGAGGAAGACACUGGUCAACCUUUAAGCAGAGGGGGAAUGAAUGCCUAGAAGCCCUUCCAGAUAUGAAGACCCACCACCGUAGCAUCCUCUCGGCUUGCUUCAAAAAUGCUGAGCUAUAGAUCGAAGAAGAUGAAGGCAAGAAGAUUGGGGGGGGGAGUCCGCUCUUCAAUCUGCUCGGUGCCCAAACUCCUUAGUGCAGAACACGUGGAAGGGGGCAGGGUAGCAAUUUCCCCCCGUUAGCCACAUGAAAGAUUGCUCGGGUAUGCUGAUUUUUUAAUCCUCAGAGUUAAAUCUGGGACACAUUUUUCUCCCAUCUAUAGACAGCAUUCUUUCAGCCUCCCCAAGCUUCAAGGGUCCCAUCGAAAUACUGUUCCCAAUUGCUGUGGAACCAAAUCAUCCAUGCGGGCAGUGAGAAGCUUGGAUCCAAAGUAGCACAAAACAGUUUCUUCACAUGCAGGGGGGUGGGGGUCUUCCCUGGGUCCUAUUUGGGAGCAGCCCCCAUCCCUCCUCAAAGUUGGGGGUGGGGGUCUGCCAGCAUAAGUUUCCAGGGGGGGGUACAAGAAGCUGCAUUAAUGGAUGAGAGGAUCAUCAAUCCCUCCCAUGCAUGUGUGGAAAUGCCUUCUGCUCACAUGUGGCAGAAGCAGAGCUGGCAUCAAGGGUAGGUGUGAUUGGGCACCUGUGAAGAGCUCAUAACCCACUGACAACUCUCCCCUGGGCUUGAUCCUGCUCUUCACCAUCACAGCCUGCUUGCUCUCCUGGCUCUGGUUGUGGCCCACAUAACGGUGGUGGUGAGAAGGCGGAGCAGGAGAUGCCCCUGCCCACUUGCUUCCUGGCUCUGUGACUGUCAAGCAAGCAAGCGGUAGCAACGAUGUAGGGUGGCCAUAGGGAAAGGAGGACGGCUCCUGUAUCUUUCAACAAUGGCGUAGAAAAAGGAAUUUCAGCAGGUGUCAUUUGUAUCUGGUCCCUCUACAAAAGAGGGCAGGGCUCCUGCAGCUUUCACUGUUGUAUUGAAAAGGGAAUGUCAGCAGGUGUCAAUUUGUAUGCGUGCGGCACCUGAUGAAAUUCCCUCUUCAUCACAACAGUUAAAGCUGCAGGAGCCCUGCCCUCUUUUCUAGCUGGUCACCCUAAAUGAUGGGAAUGAGGAGGAGAAAGAAGAGCAGCUGGUGACAAUGGCGGUGAGAAGGUAGACAUUGAGAGAGGGCACCAUGGAGGGGGGCUUUGCCCAAGCACCUCCUUCCACCUCCACCAGGUCAGUAUGGCCAGUGGUCAGGAAUGCUGGGAGUUGUCGUCCCAUACAUGUGAAGGGCACCUGGUUGGAGGAAGCUGCUUUAUAGGGCAAGUUUGUCCUGAGCUGUAUUCUGCAGCUAAAAGUGAUCUUAUGUACAACGGUCCACUGACAGCCCACUGGUCAUCCACUCUCCACCUUUAACCAUGUGAGAUUUGGGUAGCCUUGUUAAGCAAUACGGAUGCCACAGCCGAAAUGACAGGAAAUCCUUUAAUAUUCCUCUUGUACGUUGCUGCCGACUUUAAGGCUACGUGCUGAGUUUUAUC